CUGCGAAUCAAUUUUUUUCAAAACUUAACGGGACACGAGACUAUAGAGGACCCUCAGUAUGUAUUGCAAAACGUGGAUAUAGAAGUUCUGACGAGAGCUGGUGAAGGGAUAGACUUUAAGCCAUGCGUUGAAUCGGGAGAUGGCUUCAUGACUCAAUCACCAUGGGUUUCAUUACAGAAUGCAAAGUUUAAGUUUUCAUAUAUGACAGGAUCAGCGAACCAAGCUGCGAUGGGGGAAGUUUUGGAACUUACAACACAUAAGUUAUCACAGAUCAAUCAAAAUUUAUCUAAACUGAUACCAAAAGAUCUCUUUUUCGACAAUGACAAAGAGAAAUCUCGUCUAGCAUUAAAAGUGAAAACUAUGUACUUCGGUGACAAUGACAUCUCUGAAAAUAAUAGAGACAAACUUUCACUGUGCUACUCGGAUAGCCAAUAUCUUAAUAGUGCAAUAAGAACCGCCAGGCUGUUAGCUAAGGGAGGGUCUCAUGUAUAUUUUUAUGAAUUCUCUUUGGAUAACAACUCAUCGCCUAUAAACGGUUCAGCGCGGGGAGACUCCAUGAAUUUAAUAUUCGGAACAGAAGAAACCACUAGCUAUAAUGACGAACAAACAAACAAAAAUGUAAUGAGAGAGAUGAUGAUAAAUAUAUGGAUCAGUUUCAUAAAGUACGGGAAUCCUUCCGCUGAAAAUAUUACAUGGAAGAACUUGAAAUAUGGGGACCAGAAAAGCGAAGAGUGGCUCUCGAUUGGCUCGGCGGUGGAGAUGAGGAAGGGUCUCCAUGUGGAACGACUGAAGCUAUGGGACGACUUAUAUAACUCAUACUACAUUGAAAGGAACAAGGGCUUAGGACACAAACCUGUCGGUUUCUUAACGAUCGUUUCUUGGUCAGUGCUGGCUUUCCUUAAGCUGUAG